AUGGUACAGACCAGUCGCACUCCCACCUGGACCCUCAACCUCACUGCAGGACCAUCAACCUCACUGCAGGACCAUCAACCUCACUGUAGGACUAUCAACCUCACUGCAGGACCAUUGACCCCACUGCAGGACCAUCGACCCCACUGCAGGACCAUCAACCUCACUGCAGGACUAUCAACCUCACUGCAGGACUAUCAACCUCACUGCAGGACCAUUGACCUCACUGCAGGACCAUUGACCUCACUGCAGGACCAUCAACCUUACUGCAGGACCAUCAACCUCACCGCAGGACCAUUGACCUCACUGCAGGACCAUCGACCUUACUGCAGGACCAUCAACCUCACCGCAGGACCAUCGACCACACUGCAGGACCAUCGACCACACUGCAGGACCAUUGACCCCACUGCAGGACCAUCGACCCCACUGCAGGACCAUCAACCGCACUGCAGGACCAUUGACCCCACUGCAGGACCAUCGACCUCACUGCAGGACCAUCGACCGCACUGCAGGACCAUUGACCCCACUGCAGAACCAUUGACCCCACUGCAGGACCAUCGACCUCACUGCAGGACCAUCAACCUCACUGUAGGACCAUCGACCUCACUGCAGGACCAUCGACCUCACUGCAAGACCAUCAACCUCACUGCAGGACCAUUGACCUUACAAUAG